AUGUUGGACACAUGGUUUGCACCAGAUUUUCACCAGUUUCCCGCCAUGCAGCGUCUGUCCAUCACCAAAGGCCACGCCUUCAUCUUAGUGUACUCCAUCACCAGCAAACAGUCUCUGGAGGAGCUCAAGCCCAUCUUCGAGCAGAUCUGCCUGAUUAAGGGGGACAUCGAGAGCAUCCCAAUCAUGCUAGUGGGCAACAAGAACGACGAGAUGAACGCUCGUGAAGUGGAGAGCAGUGACGGCGAGGCCAUGGCCAAGAGGUGGAAGUGUGCCUUCAUGGAGACGUCAGCUAAGACAAAUCACAACAUUAAGGAGCUUUUUCAAGAGCUGCUUAAUUUGGAGAAACGCAGGACUGUAAGCCUUCAGAUUGACGGCAAGAAGAGCAAGCAGCAAAAGCGAGCCGAGAAGCUUAAAGGCAAAUGUGUGGUCAUGUGA